GCUGGGUUUUUUAAAUAGUGUUCUUUAAUAUUCAGGAAGAACUUAAAGAAGGUGGGAGUCUAUAUGCUUUGGCCACCAUGUCUGGAAUUGGUAAUAAACGGGCAGCUGGAGAGCCUGGCCCUUCUGCACCUCCAGAGAAGAAGGUGGGAGUUGAAGAUUCAGGGACCACAGUGGAGACGAUUAAGCUUGGUGGCGUUUCUUCAACGGAGGAGAUGGACAUCCGGACCCUGCAGAGCAAGAACAGGAAACUAGCAGAGAUGCUGGACCAGCGGCAAGCCAUUGAAGAUGAGUUACGGGAGCACAUUGAGAAGCUGGAGCGUCGGCAGGCCACUGAUGAUGCUUCUUUGCUGAUUAUCAAUCGAUACUGGAAUCAGUUUGAUGAAAAUAUCCGCAUCAUCCUUAAACGCUUUGACCUGGACCAAGGUCUUGGAGACCUUUUGUCUGAAAGAAAAGCACUGGUUGUACCAGAGCCUGAACCAGACUCGGACAGUAAUCAGGAGCGCAAAGAUGAGAGGGAACGAGGUGAAGGACUGGAGCCGGCAUUCUCCUUCCUAGCCACUCUAGCCAGCAGCACUAGUGAGGAGAUAGAAUCUCAGCUGCAGGAGCGUGUAGAGUCCUCCCGCCGUGCUGUUGCCCAGAUUGUGACAAUGUACGACAAGCUGCAGGAGAAAGUGGAUGUUCUGACCCACAAGCUGAAUAGUGGAGAUAUUUCAUUGAUGGAAGAAGCAGUCCUGGAGCUUAAUACCUACCUCUCACAUGAAAAUGGACGGCUGCAGGAGUUGGCUGAUGUUCUUCAGGAGAAGCACCGAAUCAUGUCUCAGGAGUUCUCCAAGCUGCAAGAAAGAGUUGAGACAGCAGAAUCUCGGGUGUCUGUUCUGGAAACUAUGAUUGAUGAUCUUCAGUGGGAUAUUGACAAGAUACGCAAGAGGGAGCAGAGGCUCAACCGGCAUUUGGCAGAUGUUCUGGAACGUGUAAAUUCCAAAGGCUACAAGGUGUAUGGAGCUGGGAGCAGCCUCUAUGGGGGCACGAUCACCAUUAAUGCCCGCAAGUUUGAGGAGAUGAACGCGGAGCUGGAGGAGAAUAAAGAGCUUGCUGGGAAUCGCCUCAAUGAGUUGGAGGAACUACGCCAGGAUCUUGAGGAGGUAACAACACAAAAUGAAAAACUCAAGGUUGAGCUGAGACGAGCAGUGGAAGAGGCUGUGAAGGAGACCCCAGAAUAUCGCUGCAUGCAGUCCCAGUUUUCUGUUUUGUAUAAUGAGAGUCUCCAGCUGAAGGCACACCUUGAUGAGGCCCGCACUCUGCUUCAUGGCACCCGCACCACACACCAGCGCCAGGUGGAACUAAUUGAGAGGGACGAGGUCAGCCUUCACAAGAAACUACGCACAGAGGUGAUUCAGCUAGAGGACACCCUGGCACAAGUCCGCAAAGAAUAUGAGAUGCUGAGGAUAGAGUUUGAACAGACACUUGCUGCCAAUGAACAAGCAGGCCCAAUUAAUAGAGAGAUGCGUCAUCUCAUCAGCAGCCUUCAAAAUCACAACCACCAGCUGAAGGGAGAGGUUUUAAGAUACAAGCGGAAACUGAGAGAGGCCCAAUCUGACUUGAGCAAGGUAUCAGAGCAGGAAAUCAUAGAAUCAUAG